AUGAACCCACCGCAGGGAAACGCUGGUCUGUCGGAGCAGGCCCCGGGCCCCAAGCUCCCUUCACCGUGGCCAUCCGCAGAACGUGGGCAGGAGCAGCAGCUCGGAGACAGAGAUGUGGAGACGGCGGCGAGCGGCGAGUGCAGAGCCGGGGAGGGCGCGGCGCCGGGGGACAAUGGCGACGGUGGCGGCGUUGCUGCCGGGGAGGCAGUGGACGUUCUGCAGCAGAGGGAGGGAGCCAGCCGGCGGCGCAGGAUGCCCGGAGAGAAGCCCUUCCAGUGCGACGCGUGCGACAAGGCCUUCCCGCACGCCUCGGGCCUGCUGAAGCACCGGCGGGUGCACACGGGCGAGAAACCCUUCCGUUGCCUGGUCUGUAACAAGUGCUUCGCCAGCUCCUCCUGGCUGUCCGUGCACCAGCGCUCGCACACGGGUGAGAAGCCGUUCGAGUGCGACGUGUGCCACAAGCGCUUUGCCUACUCCUCCUCGUUCGCCAUCCACGGCCGCAUCCACACCGGAGAGCGGCCCUUCCAGUGCGAGGCCUGCGGCAAGGGCUUCCGCGAGUCCUCCAAGCUCCUCAUCCACCAGCGGCUGCACACCGACCGUUUCCUCUUCCAGUGCAGCGUGUGCUUCAAGAGCUUCAGCAACCUCUCCUACCUGGCCAGCCACCGGAGGGUGCACACCGGGGAGCGGCCCUUCGAGUGCGACAUCUGCCACAAGCACUUUGGCAACUCCUCCACCCUGACCAGCCACCGCCGGCUGCACACCGGCGAGAAGCCCUUCAAGUGUGGCCACUGCGACCGGGCCUUCAACCAGUCGGGACAUCUGGCCAGCCACCGGCGCAUCCACACGGGCGAGAGGCCCUUCAAGUGCGAGACCUGCGGCCGGGCGUUUGCUGUUUCCUCCAACCUGAUGAACCACCGGCGGGUGCACACGGGCGACAAGCCGUACCGCUGUGACCUGUGCCAAAAACGCUUUGCCUACUCCUCCUCCCUCAUGCGGCACCGGCACAUCCACACCGGCGAGAAGCCCUUCCAGUGUCAGGCCUGCGGCCGGGCCUUCAACCAGUCGGGCCACCUGGCCAACCACCGGUGCGCCAAGGCCCGGGCCCCUCCCCGGCCCCGCUCCCCGCCUGCCCGCCGACUCCCACCCCCGGUCCCGGCACCGGCCCAGUCCCUCUACCAGUGCUCCCUCUGCCUGAAGAGCUUCUGCGACCUGGGUCGCCUGUCCCGGCACCCCUGCAGCCCGCUCCCCGCCGACCACCUCCUCCAGUGCGCCGCCUGCCUCCACACCUUCGGCCACUCCUCCGAGCUGUCCCAGCACCAGUGCAGCGGGGAAGGGGAGGCGACGGCUGAGCGGGACGGGGCCAGGGCCGGGGCCGGGGACGUGGAUGCAGACGGGCCUUUCCGCUGCCUGGUCUGGAUUAACUCUCUGGCCAAACUCUCGCCCUCGCUCUCCAUCCACCAGAGGGCUCGAGUCUAA